AUGCUAUCUUUCAUCAAUGGAUUUACUUUUGCCUUAUUAAUAAUUACAGGAGCAUAUUCUUUCGAAACAUCGUCCAAUGAUAAUAUAUGGUAUAAGAAUGUAAAUCCAAAGGGGAAUUUCGAUGAAAGAGCUAGCAUAUUGAGAAGGCAAAAUGUAGAAGAUAAAUCUCUAGAUAAAAAUGAACAUUUAAAAGAAAGAAUUAUAGAUAUGAUAGAUGAUAAACAUUAUAAUUAUAGAAGAAAAAUUGACACGUUAGUGAAUAAUGACAAAGUAUUAAAUCUGCAUGAUGAAUUGAGGUGUGAUAAAAAAUUUCAAAAGUCAGAUAAGGAAUUCAUACUUGGUGAAAAUAUGGACAAUUUAUUUGAUACAUUAAAGAAAAAUAAUGAUUUUGACAACUUUUAUAAUUCAUGUGAAAGUGUAAAUGAAGAUGCAUCUCAUUCACUCAGGGGCCUAGAAAAUGAUAUACAUUUUGAAGAUUCAAGUGAUAAUUUAAAACAUAACAAUUGUUUGGAAGACAAAUAUAAAUUAAUAAGACAAAAAAGAUGUCUUCAUAAAUUCAGAAACCAGGCUAAUAUAGGAAAAAUCAAUGAUCCACAUAUUGUAAAAUUUUUUAAAAAAAUGGAUUCAAAGCUUGAGUCAGAAAUAUUAAAUUUAUUGGAAAAUUAUAACAGGUAUUAUGUUGAUGAAUACAAACCUCGAAAUAUUUCCAGUACUCUGAAAAGAAAUAGAAUGUACUUGCCAUUCAUACUUAACGUGUUCAUUAUAAUUAUGUUUGCAUUGUCUGGCUCACUAUUGGGAAUUUGUACAUUUCAAAUAUUAGGAAUUUUAAUGGCAAUUUACUAUAAGUAUAAAACACAUAAAUGCCAGAAACUCAUGGAUCGAAUUAAAAAUACUUCACGUGUACCCCUAAAAGCAAUGAAGUAA